GACGCUGAGAAUGAGAUCAAGUGGUGGACUCUGGAUGCAAGGGACAUGAACGAGGUAGAAAGAUGGACCUGGAAGAGAGCACGCAAUUUCGGCGCUAAACCAAACUCCAUAUCUCAUCCAUCCGUCCACGUAUCUGAUAAAUAAAACCGCGCUUCUUUGUAAUUUGGAAUCCGCAACAUGACGGCUAAAGAUACAGCUUCUUUCCAAAACCUCCUUCAAGCCAAAGAAUGGUUCGGCUUCGAUCUGGACGACACACUCCACGAGUUCCGCAAAUCAUCCGCCGCCGCAUCACUUAGUGUAUUCAAUAAAAUCCACAACGACUACUCCGUCCCCAUUUCAGCCCUUCAAUCAUCAUACAAUGCAAUUCUCGCUUCAAAGACAGCGGGAGCCUUCUCCGACGGUAAAUCAUCAACCGAGUACCGGAGAGAGAGAUUCACCGCGCUACUGCAGAGCCAGGGAAUCCAUAUUCCCGGCCUAGAGGAAUACAUGGACUCUAUUUUGGAAUUGUAUAAGAUGUCUCUUGCUACUUCGCUGACUUUGAAACACGGUGCUUUGGACUUACUUGCGAAGCUGAAGGAGCUCGGGAAGAGGGUUAUUGUCAUCACUGAGGGUCCACGGGAUGCGCAGGAAUGGACAAUCGAGCAACUUGGGCUGAAGACGUUUGUAGAUGUUCUUGUUACGUCGAAUGAACUGGGGUCCUCGAAGACGGAUGGGCUGUUUCGAGAGGUAUUGCGGCGGCAGCGAAUUCGGGCUGACGAGAUGGUUUAUAUUGGGGAUAAUGAAGUUCGAGAUGUCUUAUCGGCGCGGGAAGAAAGGAUCUUGGCUGUUCAUUUUGAUGAGAAGUCUACGAUAUCCAUCGAUUUUGCGGGUUCUUUUCCGAAGGUGAAUAGUUUAGUUGAGUUGUACUCUAUGCUUGGAACAUCUUGAUGGGUGCGGUUUUGCGAUUUGUAAAACAUCAAAAGGUGCCUAGAUACCGAUAGAGGCGAUCCAAUACUAGCCAUUUAUCUUUUCGUGCCUGGUGUAUGAACGAGUUUUAGAGAUGCUAUUCAAGGCACUGGAAUCACCAAUAUCAUCUGCUCU